UUUUGAUUUGUUGCAUAAUGAAGAUUUAGCAGUGAUUACAUCAUUUGGCUUAUUUAUAUGGUCAACUUGGCAAAAAGAUGAAAAAAUUAGAAAAAUUCAAGUAUUGUAUUAUAUGUCUUAUGGGGAUCACAACACUUAUCUUGAAUAUAAACAAUCAUAUACAAGUGAUGAUCAAUUACUUCUUAAAGAAUUGCUAGAUAACUUAUUAGAUGA